UGAGCGCGCCAAUAACAAACGUCUCCACCUGAUGACGUCACCGUGUUUUGAGUUUGAGCGCGUCUCUACAACACAGAGAGAAAGGUGAGUCCCAUUUGCAGGUUUAACGAUGGAAACCAGCGCCAGUGUCAGCUUGAUGAUCAUGUACGAGGAUGAGUCGGUGGAUGUUCGUUACGGAAACGGAGCCCAGUUACAACUUUCUCCGUGUGGCUGUGAAUUCAUGCUGGUGAAACCGACAGACCCCUCCGGACAUCCUCUGCAGCCCGCUGAGAGAGUCCGACAGAGGACAAGGUUCACCAUCAGCGCUUAUAAGGACUUUAUGGUAGCUGCAUUGGCAUUUAGGAAUAAAUAUGCAAGUCGACCAUAUCUGCCAGAUGAGCUCAUCCCUGCUGACCACAAGAAGCCUUUUUUCAGCAUUGAUUCAGCUGUGCAGUGGCGUAAGUGGUCUUCCUGUGAUGCUGAGCUUGGACCUGGAGGCGAGACUAUCAUCGGGUCGGAGGGGGGACGAGCUGUGUUGACGCUGUCGCCCUCAGGUGACGAAUUCUCCGUCGAGUUCACAUGCAGCCUCAGUCAGACUCAGAGUCAGCGCCGCAGCAUGCAGGGUUUCAGCAGAGACUCUGUUUGCACCGAUGAUGAGAACAAAGAGGUUCAUCAGGGAAGAGGAAACGGAAGGAAGGAGUCUAUUAGAUCGAGGUCUUGUCCUCCUCGGACUAUCAGCACUGCUCAUCCAAAGCCAGAGGAGAUGUACCAAUCCACCUCAGUGGUACAGCAUCACUCCUGCUGCGCUGUUGCCCCUAUCUGGUGCUACCCUCUCUCCUUGGCUCGCCAUCUCUGGACGUCUCGUCUCUCUAAAACUAUAGAAGUCAGAGCAGAGGGAACCAGUGACCUAAACACGGGAGACGAUUCCAUUGAAGAAAGACGGUCUCACCUUCCUCAGGCGCUGCCGCUCACCUGUCCAUCACCUCACUGGCACAGGUGGAAGGUUAAAGACGCCCUGGGGAAAAAAGAACAUUCAGAACAAGAUCUUCCAGCAGAGUUAGUAAAAGUGAUGUGGUGUCAAGGAGUCACUUACAGGAUACUGAGCGGGGCGGUCUCGGUCAUAGAGGUUUCCCCAGGAGAUGGAUCAGUCAUCCGGUCUAACGGUGUCCAUAACACUUAUUUUACCCAUCACAAGUUCCUGUCAGGGCAGGUGAAAGAGGUGACAUACCAUCUGAACAACCUUCCACCUGACGUACCCGGACAGCUCUACUCUGUGUGCACUAUUGUGAAUCGUGCAAGCAGGACGCUCGCUUGCUAUAACGAGGCCAAGCAGUCACUGAAGCUCCCUGCCACGCCCAGCUGCUUGCAAGAGGGGAGACAUUUUGCUCAAUCGGCACGGAUCGAAGAGAAUCUGUUCAGUCCUGUAUCUGUUGAGCAGCAUGUGAAUGUCGCACAGACAGUAGAAAGUCGGUCAGAUCUUGUAGCUGCAGAACUGGAGAAGAUAAAACGAUUCAACUUUCUGCUGGAGAACAAUCACCUGAUGAGAAGUGAGACAGGAUGUGUGAAACUGGAAGUCCGCACUGCAGAGGAGGCGACUCACGAACCAGUGAACGAGAGCUGCAUCGCUGAGGCUCUUCAGAAAACAUCCAAAGCGAUACGGGACAUCGAUGCUCUUAUAUCUGCAGCCACGCUGACAUAAUUGAUUUUUAAAGUUUCUUGCAGAAGAAGAAAAUGCUGUUUUCAGACCCUUAAAUAUGGAGAUUUCUUGCUUUUCUAUGUGUUUAUUAAAUAUCUUUAUACUCCGAUACUGUAGCACCUUUUUAAAAUGUGUUUGCGAUGCACUAAUAAACAAAGAAGUGCAGCACGCUUACUAAAGAGCCAAAUGUUUUUUUAAUGUACUUUACUCAAAAAAAUAAAAACAUUUCAGGAGUCAGAA